AUGGGCUCUGGAUUGAUCCAAGAGAUCGUGCCGGAGCUUGUCUAUAGCUUCCCGAUUUUCACUUUGGACUUUUGCGCUUUGCUGAUGGAAGAGAUCCGGCACUUCUAUGGCUCCAAAUUGCCGGCCCGACGGCCCAAUUCCAUGAACAACUAUGGCAUCAUCCUGAAUGAGAUUGGAUUGGAGCCCAUGAUUUUUGACCUCCAAGAUGCUGUGAUCCAACCUUUGGCCUCGGUGCUUUUCCCAAUGGAAGGAAGUGAACUUGAGUCGCAUCACUCCUUCACCAUAAGGUACAAAGGCGGAGAAGACACACAUUUGGACGUGCACACAGAUGAUUCAGACGUGACGUUUAAUGUGAACAUCUUUGGCAACUACACUGGCGCGCCGCUGGUGUUUUGUGGCAUUAAUGGUGAGCCUGACCACCGGCAUUUUCGCACCGCCUACCAGCACCAGCUGGGCUAUGCUGUGAUGCACCGCGGACGACAUCGCCAUGGAGCGGAAGACAUCACUGGGGGCGAGCGGAUGAAUCUGGUGGUGUGGUCCUAUUCUUACAACUACCGGCACUCCAAGGAGAGUGUGAAGGUGCAUUUGAAGGAGGCUUCCAAGCCUGACGAGCGCUGUGUGUCCUACACUCACGACAGGGACUUCGGCCGCUACAAAGCUUGGCCACCGGGCAAGAAGGAGCGCUUCAUGGGCAGAGGCUGGUGUCCUCCCCGGGGCAAGGAAUACGAUGGCUUCAUUCCUGAUGUGCCUGACGACCAGCUGCCUCACAGAUCCAAAAGAGGAGGACAACCGCAACAAUGA